AUUCUAAAGAGAUAUUUUCCGUCAAGAAAUCUGGGAAUACAGGCUCUUUGAAUAGCAAAAAAAUAAACCCAGAAAUUAAAAAAGAGAGUUUUCUUUUCUUUUCAAUUGAUUUUAGAAUGGAUGCUUCGAGUUCGCGAAUGCAGACGUUUGGUCAGACGGAGAUUAACUGGGAUAAACUCGACAAAACUAAAUUUUACGUUGUAGGAGCUGGAAUCUUUACCGGAGUUACAGUAGCAUUGUAUCCAGUAUCUGUUGUAAAAACUAGGCUUCAGGUUGCUUCAAAGGACACUGUAGACAGAAAUGCAUUUUCAGUUAUCAGAGGCUUACUGAAAACAGAUGGAGUCCCUGGUCUAUAUCGAGGGUUUGGAACGGUCAUCACUGGUGCGAUUCCUGCCAGGGUGAUAUUUCUAACCGCUCUGGAAACUACGAAAGUAGCUGCUUUCCGUAUGGUUGAACCAUUUAAGUUUUCUGAACCCACACAAGCUGCUAUAGCAAAUGGAAUUGCUGGAAUGACUGCAUCUCUUUUUGCUCAAGGUGUUUUUGUUCCAAUCGAUGUGAUUAGUCAAAAGUUGAUGGUACAAGGAUACUCCGGCCAUGCAAAAUACAAUGGGGGUCUAGAUGUUGCUGGUAAGGUUAUAAAGGCUGAUGGAAUCCGAGGAUUAUACAGAGGAUUUGGUCUGUCUGUCAUGACUUACUCUCCAUCUAGUGCUGUAUGGUGGGCUAGUUAUGGUUCAAGCCAACGUGUUAUCUGGAGGUUCCUAGAUCACGGCACAGAUCUGAAGGUUACUCCUAGCACAUGGACAAUAGUGUCAGUGCAAGCUGCCGGAGGAAUCAUUGCAGGUGCUACAGCUUCCGGCAUCACAACUCCAUUGGAUACCAUUAAGACUCGCUUACAGGUGAUGGGGCAUGAGAAACGACCUUCUACAAGACAAGUCAUAAAGAACUUAAUUGCAGAUGAUGGUUGGAAAGGUUUUUACAGAGGGUUGGGUCCAAGAUUCUUCAGUACUUCAGCUUGGGGAACCUCGAUGAUAUUAGCUUAUGAAUACCUGAAGCGGUUAUGUGUGAAAGAUGACUAAACUUAACCGACAAAGUCGAUCAAUUUUGCUUUGUGUCACAUGAAGAACAUAAAUUUAGGUCGCCGUUAACUUCAUGUCACCGUUAGACUUCAGAAGACAGCUGUGUUGGAUUAUUAUUUUCUUUCGUUGUCCAGAUGGCCUGCGAUUGUGCAGCAAACUUGGUCAUCAAUCCUACGAAAACCAAUCUAAUGACUUAAGAUUAGUUACUGAUUUUAAGAAAC